AUGGACACCCCACCUGACGUCGAAUCAGCCUUCCUAAUUUACAAUUUUGAAACCAGUCCAUUUCGAAAUGCUGAAAAAUCAAACAUCAUAAAGCAAUUUAACAAUAAAAUUAAGCGACAUGAAAAGGUCCUACUGAACAGCCACUACAAACAUGUGAAUAAUUUUUCCUAUUCUACAGAUAUAUUUCACAAUUUUUAUAAAAUAACAGAAUACUAUCUUUUAAAAUAUGUUAACAGUAUCAUUAUUGAUUCAACCCUACUUUUUAAGUGCGUUCACCAGGUAAAAAGUGGCUCCUCUGGUUUUGCUCAAAAUGACGAGGAGAGGUUACAAAAGUGUUUUUUCCCAAGUGAGGAAGCUGAAGGGGGAAACAAACAGGUGGGGAAUUUGGAAACGAACAAUGAAGUGACAGCCGACUUUACCUUCGACUGUGUAAUUCUGCGCAACUUUGUAGAAAAUUUCAAAAGGGUGAAUAAUUCGAGUGUGCGAGUUGCCAAAGAGGGUGGAAAAAAAAACAGAAGAAGGUCGCAAAAAAAAGACGUUAGUGAAGAUGCAAACGGGGGAAGCACCACCAACAAUGCAGAAGCCAACCCUAGAGGAGGCACAGAGGAAACUCAAAACUGCGCGUUUAGAAAGUCCUUCUUGUACAUCAAAAAAAACUACAGAAAUGUAGAAUUCUUUAUAUUUUUAAAUACCCCCCAAAAUGUUCAAGACAUAUAUGUCAACAUGGUACCCCACAUGGAAAAGCAACAAAUUUGUAACUUCAUCAAGUUUGUAAAGUCGCUAAACAUCCGGAUGUUUCGAUACGUGUACAUAACAUUUUUUGUGAACAUAUACAAGCACGUUAAUUUAAUAUACAACGUCACGCUUUUGGCACUCUAUAACUAUUUUAAAUACUUAAAUGAGGGCAUGAAGUGGGGAAAGGAGUCCCUCCCACUGGAAAGGGAAGAACAAAUGGAGGAGGGAAAUCACCUGAUGGGGGUCCCCACGCACAUAUGCGCCAAUGACACAACAUUGGAGGGAAGCAACCGCAGCAGUGAAAAAAGCGAACCGAGUGAAACCGUAACGAAUGAGGAUAACGAGGCUAAUUCGCUCAGAAAAACCAUGCAAAACUACCGAAACGGGUUGAAAACAGACGUAGACACAGAAAGCGCUGCAGCAAAUAUACAUCAAAACUAUGAACGGGUGUGUAGCAAAAUCGGUGAAAAAUCUCAAAACGAAGUGAACAACAAAAGGGAAACGGAAGAUACGUCAACUUGGAGUGGAAGACAACACUGCAACCUGGGCCCCCGUAAGUGCAGCGAAAAACAGACCCACGAAAUCGUCCUCAGCUGUUACAUUUACCUUUUCAUAUUUUACCACUACAUAAGAAACACAAGAAAAAGGAUGAAGUCAGAAAUUCUAAGGAUACAAAAUGAUGUUAAAAAAAUGAUUUCCUUAUUUGUUAAAAUAUAUGACAUAAAUAAAAAAGGCAGUGAUGGUGAGAACAGUGCCAUCGGUGAGUGUAGCAAGGAGGGGACAAUCGAUUUGCGCAGCAGUCUAGCCAGCAGCGGGGGCACCACCAACCCCAUUGCCGAUCCUGUACAUUCCCUAUAUUUUAACUUCAUACAGAUGAGCAAAUGCUACAGAAGCUGCGUAAAAACGAAUUAUGAGCUCAUCAAAUCGGUUCACAUGUUCCAUUUAUUAUUAAAACAUUUUUACAAAUUCUUCCCCAUUUUGAAUGUAAAAAAUGAUAAGUGCAUCAUAUACAAUUAUUGCAACAAGCAUUUUAUACAUUACGCCAAAAGGGUUGAGAAAAAUGGACGCGCAGAAAAUGUCUUCUGUACGGAAGAAAAAAAUAGACAGAAGGGAAGUGGGAACCCCCCUUUGGACGUCUUUAAAAAUGUGAAUGAUUACGAGUUGGAUUUUUUUUAUUUCCAUGAAAAGAAGAACGGCGAAGAGGAAAUAAUCAAAGACUUCGUGCAGAGCAGGGAAGAGGAAUCUUUUGACCAUUUAUUUCGAGCCAGUGAAGGGGACAAAGUUUCGUCUCCCCAAUUUUCGCGGGCCUGUGGGGGGGCCCAUCCCGUAAGCGAGAGCGAAGGCAAAAAUGAGCAAAAAAAUGAAGGGCAAAACAAUGGGGCAGACGUGCUGGAUGACGACGCGCUGGGUGACGACUCGCUGGAGCCCUGGAAGGGGGUGUUCCUAAACUGCGUUAACAAUGGCUUGGAUGCUCUUCUGAUCAACGCUGGCACGGAAUUGGUGGGCACUCCGGGGAAAACGCAACAAGACGGAGACGCCUCAGUAGCGCACAACUCAGGCAGUGGCAAUAUUUGCGAUCCGGACGCUUCUCACAACGGUGCCAAUUUUGAGACCCUUAGGAAGAGCCCCAUACUGCAACUUUUAAGAAGUAAUAUAAAAUUUUACCGCAAAAUAGCUGCCGUGAUGGAAACCUUUUCCAGUAGCAAAUUGGAAGGAACAAUAAAAAAUUGCCUACAUGACUUGAACAGAUAUAAUGAGAGCGCUCUGGGCAUCUACGACGAUAGCAUUUUCGACAUUCAAUACAAAAUUGAAAGAGAGUCCACGCUGGAGAGUGAAGAGUCAACAAGAAACAAAAAGCUAUUACAAGUGAAAAUCUUUUUGGACUAUGAAAAACUGUAUACGAAAAAAACGGUUGAGACGCAAACACCUGUUUCUUUUUUUAGAAAAGAAAAGGUCAUUCAAAUUCCAAAGGAUGAAGGAGUUUCCACAAUAUCGGAGCAAUACAUACAGGCGAAAAACGUGGCUAAUCCUAUUUUUUAUUUGAAAGAUAUAUACGAUUAA